AUGAUAGGUGUACCAAUGCCGUUGUUUUCUCGCGUACAAAUGUUCCAACUUUCUACCAAGCGCGUAGCUUUCAAAAUAACAGGUCAGAUCUUACGCUGUAUUAAUUCAGCUCCUCCUCAGUCUGCAAUCGUAUCACCAAUAACCCUAACUGGCUUGCCACCUUUGCCACCACAAUCUUUAUCAUCAAACAAUGAGGAAGCAAAAGCUCGAAUCCUAAGGCGUAGGGAACAGGCCCAGAUUCUCAAUCGCGGAACUAAUUCUCAACUCACUGCCAACGAAGGGAUUAAAGGGCGGAGAUUCUGGAAAGAAGUUAAUGUGCGCGAGGUCGAUGGAGGCUUACGAAUUUACCUGGAUACACGUCCAAUUCGCCGUGCAAAUUCACAAAUUCUUGCAAUUCCAAUUUCUAAACCGCACCUUGCAACUGCUAUCGCCUUAGAAUGGGAUCUUCUCACUUUUGCAAAACAAGCGCUCAAGCCACACCUAAUCCCGUUAGUAAGUCUUGUGUCUCGAGUAUAUGAUAUUGUGGACUCGGAUAGCUCUUCACUCGAGGUUGGCGCUAUCCGUUCAGGCAUUAUUGACACUCUGAUGCGCUACCUGGAAACCGAUUCAAUUCUCUGUUGGGUCCCACUACCCUCUCCUGACCCACCGGGUUACGAAGUACAUCAGUCCCGUACAGAGCCACUUCGAGUUCUACAGCAAAGAGCUGCUAAACCGAUCUUGGAGUUCUUAGAAAGUCGCGUAUGGCCUGGCAUUAAGAUUGAACCUGUUCUUGAGACAAAUAGUAUCAUGCCGAAGUCACAAGCCCCUACAACCUGUCAGGUAAUCCGGGAAUGGUUACUAGCAUUGGAUCCGUGGGAUCUAGCUGCCAUAGAAAGGGCAACUCUUGCUGGCAAGGGCCUCCUACUUGCAGUGCGACUGGUGGUGGAGUGGAGUGAGAACUUUGUACAUUUGCGAAAAUCUCCAAGACAAGAUUUCGGCAUCGAGGAGGCUGCCUCUGUGGCAAACCUGGAGGUCGAAUGGCAAAUUGGUAUGUGGGGUCUAGUAGAAGAUACUCAUGAUGUUGAUAGGGAAGAUGUCCGACGACAACUCGGCAGCGCAAUUCUACUCGUGAGUGGAACAAAGACGCAAUGUCUGGCUUCUUCAAACAACGCAUCAGAAGACCAGGUAUCAUAA